GCAAUUCGGCGCGCGGAAUUGGGAUUUUGUGUUUAGAACAAAAACUGUCCAUAUAUGUAGCAGUUUAGAGUUGAUGUCAUCAAGUUUUAACAAAUUCUUGGACAUAUUAUUGUUGCGGUUCGUGCUUCAGCAGGUGGGCUGCUGCCUGCUGACUGUAUUGGGGAUGAAUGGAAGAUGAGCAGCCCAGGAGACAGCAGCGGUACACCCAAAAAUGCCGAUCCCUUUGAGGAUUUAUGGAGGCAGCUCGGGGAGUGUCAUCAACAUGCGCUGAAAGAGCUGGAGGCAAAAGUCAGCAAGCUAAAAAAGGACCGCUGUCUAGAUGCGCAGAGGCUGGAGGUGUUUUACAGUCGCAACCAGCAGCUGAAAGAGCAAAACAAAACACUGCAGGGUGCCAUCAGUCUUCUAGAGGAAAGGCUCCGGGCAGGAGGGUGCGAUCGAUGUGCUGUUUUAGAAGAACACCUGAAAAAUGAUCAGGAUAAGAAUCUGCAACUUAUCGGCAAACUAAAGGAGGAGAGGAACAGCCUGGACGGUGAAAACAAAAAGCUCCAAGCUGAGCUGAAAACAUUGAAGGCCUCACAUUUGGAACCCAAAGAAGCCCCGUCCCCAGAGCAGGAGGAUGGCAUCAUCCCAGACUCGCCGCUCCUGGCCAGCUCGCUACCCGUGGGGAACAAACUGAGGAAACGGAAACGCGCCGAAAAUGUCAAGCGUGUUCGCUAUGCGGAGACACCUCUGCCACAGUCGAACAGCUCGCUCCUAUUCGAGCUGAAUAAAGAUCCUCCUGUAACCACAAAGAAUUCCAGGAAAGUAGAAGUCCUUGUACCCAACACCUGUGUAAUGGAGGCAUCCCAGAUCUCAGAAGAUAAUGAAGAUGACAUGGAUGAGGCGGUUGCGGAAACAUGUGGUUUCGAACUCCGUGUUGACCAUGACGUGGUGGGUGCCCUGUCCUCUCCUAAAAAAACAGGGAAUUUAAAUCGGCAAGGCAGCUCAAGAAGUCCCUGGAAGAAUGGCGUUCGUUUGAAGCCAGACUCGACCACGGAGAGGUCCCCGUCUCUACUCCCGCGUGUCAGGCACUCUGCAGAGGAAGGUUCCAUUUGCAGGGCGAAGGGGAAGAAAGGGGACAGUAACCCAGGGUGGACGAACACGCAGAAAGAUGGAAAACACAUUCAACCUGAGGGGAGGACCAAACAAAGCAUCCGAACGGAGCCCAUAGGCAGCAAGGUCCAGGCAGAACAGAUGGGGGCGACCAACCAAAAUCCAGAUGUUCCUUCUUUGAGUCCUGCUUUCAAGAAGCCACAGGAUAAGCUUAAAGGGGGGGCAGAUGGGAGGAGAAGAACGGCGGUGCAUUUUCAGAAUGCUUCACAAAGCCAGCAGAAACAAGUUGAGAGGAAGCACAGCGUGGAGCAAAUGUGGAGCAUCGACCCCGCGCUCGCUCUGUCCAUGUAUGACAGUGAGCCGAGAGAAGACGAGAAGACGGAGACACAACAGCGUUGUGGUGACCUGACGGACACUGACUGCACCUGGGUGAGUCACAGCAUGCUUCAGCGUCGGGGAGAAGACAGCCAGGACAGAGAGGGCACAAAGUCUGGACUAGGUGUGAAGGCGCACGACAGCCUGGACGUGAUGUUUGACACGACCGCUUACGAGGAGUACAAGUCUUUUAACAAUUCCCGGGUUGAGAGCCAAACCUUUGACGCGGAAAACGAUGAUGAUGAGGAAGAGGGGGAGAAUGAGGACGACAGCGUCCGCAAGAAAGACGAAAGAAGGAAACUGAAGGGCACCACCUGCAAAGAAUGUGAAGUUUAUUACGCUCAUCUGCCAGAAGGGGAGAAACAGAAGAAACUCUCAGCUUGUUCGAGGCACCGCUUUCUAUACAUUCCUCCCUGCACUCCGGAGAACUUUUGGGAGGUCGGGUUCCCAUCGACCCAAACCUGCAUUGACAGAGGUUACAUCAGGGAAGAGAAGAAUCCUCAGGCGCGUUUGAGGAGAAGACAACCUUUGAAUGCUUUAUUCUCCCCGAAGCAAAAGCAACCGCGUUCUUAGAACUAGUUUGAAGAAUGGGAUGUUCCUGCAAGUUUGUUUUGCAGGGACAGAAUUGCACAGGCUGGCCUAACGGACUAAUAUUGUGCUCUCACAAGAUGGUGUUUGUGAAAAAUAAAACAUUGGU